GACGGAGUGUCCAGCCAACGUUGUAGAACUGUUUACCGUAGGUGACUUGAAUGCGACUCAGUACUCGUUUUUAACAAUGGUGUCCGUGGUGGAGGUACUAUGCCUCCUGCUGGUAGCUGUGCUGUGGGGCUGCACCAACCCAUUUCUGAAGAGAGGCACAGAGGGGAUUGAACAUGUGAAAAAGGAUAGCAAGCUUCUUCACUUCCUGGCAGAGGUUAAGUUCCUGUUUUUAAACAUCAAGUACCUGAUACCAUUCCUACUGAAUCAGAGUGGGUCCUUGGUGUACUACUUCACCCUUGCCGCCACAGAUCUGUCUCUGGCUGUGCCCGUGGCCAACUCCCUCACCUUCCUCUUUACCAUGCUCACUGGGAAGCUACUCGGGGAGGAGUUUGGAGGGAAAAGAGCUGUUGGAGGGAUGGUCCUCACCAUGGUGGGCAUCACUCUAUGCAUAGUGAGCUCUAUCGGUGAGACUGAGAACAAGGGGCAGCAGAAUGGCACAAAGGUCUCACCAUAGAAAUAGAUACUGUAUCAGCACAGUACUGUAUAUCUCUAUGGGUCUCGCUCUAAAAAAAGAUGACUGGACACAUUUUAAAAGGUUCUAUCACACACCACCUAGUUCAAGUUAUUGUUUAUUGUCUAGGGUACAUUCGAUAGGCUUAGUUAUGUCUUCAAUAGAAGUUACUUUAUGUGACUUUACAUAACAUAUUUCAACUACAGCAGUGUUUAGGCUAUCCAAAGGGACCAAAGCAUAUCACUGUAGAACACAACAUUUUGUAACAGAUAAUGAAAAUGAGAGCUUCUUAUUGGACAAGUUCAAGUAGUAAGCUACCUCUCCAGUCCCUGUUUCAAAACGUUUUCUCCCUACUGGACACAAUCCUGACCUACACCAGCCAGGCAGUAGAGUGAUUGGACAAUAUGUAGAAGAGAAUGCAAAUGAGCUUAGUGGGAACUCAUCAUGCACAAUGUUGUGGCUUCCACACCUUAUAACAACUGUGACAGAGUUCAAGUGGGGUUUAUUCCAGCCGGGGUCCAGAUUUAUUGCCUAUCUAGUUAAGGCCGAGCCAGCCAUUCUCGCCACUUUGCUGCCAUGUUGUGUGAAUACUGCCCAUAGAAACACUAGGCUAUAGGCCUAUAGAAGACCACAGUCAAUGUGUUAGUGUUGAACAUAACUAGAGUUCACGUCUUGAAAUCACAGUGCUGCUACUGUAUACAAAGGUCAGAGAAACCGUUAUUACAUUGUAAUGUCUUAAUGUAACUUAUUUUGAUAUGAAACUACAAAGGCGUUCCAUGCAAGGUGAUAUGUUGAGUGGGGAAAAACUGUAGUCUGUUUGCUGUUUUAUUGCACUUUUUAUUCAGAAAUAAUGGCAUUUAACCCAAAAUGCUUAUACUGUACAAUCAGAGGACGUUGCUGUUUUUGUAAGAUAAAAUAUUUCAUAUUGUAUAUUUCCAAGUUUAUUUUGAUGAAGAGGAAUUCUUUACAUUCAAUGUACACUACCGUUCAAAAGUUUGGGGUCACAGAAUUUUUUUUAUACACUUUUUUUUUUUAAAGCACAUUUUUUGUCCAUUAAAAUACAUUUGAUCAG